AUGGCGUUCGUGGACCUUGAAAAGGCAUUUAACCGUGUUCCUCGAAAGGUGAUCUGGUGGGCACUGCGAAAACUUGGUGUGGAAGAGUGGAUUGUGCGUCUGGUGCAGGGGGUGUAUGCCAAUGCUCGUACCUGUGUUCGCAUUGGUGAUGGCUACAGUGAGGAGUUUGCUGUGAAGUUCGGAGUCCAUCAGGGGUCAGUACUCAGCCCUUUGCUUUUAAUCACUGUGCUCGAGGCUCUUUCACGCGAAUUUUGCACCGGUGUUCCCUCGGAGGAUCUGUAUGCAGAUGACCUGGUUAUCAUUGCUGACUCAUUGGAUGACUGUGUCAAGAGGCUCCUGACUUGGAAAGAAGCUAUGGAAAGGAAAGGACUGAGAGUGAAUGAGGGCAAAGCCAAAAUCAUGAUCUGCGGUAAGGGUUUUGACCAAAUUCGGGACUCAGGCAGCUCCCCAUGUGCUGUGUGUCGUAGAGGUGCAGAUACCAAUAGUAUUUUCUGCAAUGGCUGCAAGCACUGGGUGCACAACAGAUUCAGUAGGCUUAUACGCCUGUUUGUGGACCCUGCCUUUAGAUGCUCAAGAUGCAGGGGAACGGCUCGUCCUCUUGAUGCCAGGCUACAGAGUGAUGUCCAAGUUGGUCUAGACAAGUUGGAGGCUGUAGGUUCCUUCUGCUACCUCGGAGAUAUGCUUUCCGCAGCUGCUGGCUGUGAUCCUGCAACCACUACGCGUGUGAAGACCGCUUGGAAGACGUUCAAGGAGCUACUACCAGUCCUGACAUCACGCCACCUGUCGUACAAGACCCGUGGUCGAGGGUAUAACACCUGCGUACGGAGCGCUAUGUUCCAUGCCAGUGAGAUCUGGGCAUUGACCAAACCAAAUCUUCAUCGCCUAUAG